AUGGCCUUAUCCACAGUGUCUCUCUCAACCGUCAGCUAUUUUCUCGUCCUCGUUCCCGUAUUUCUGAGCGAUGAGGAAUACGCUGAAUAUCGUCGACUCGUCGGCGCCGAGCUCACAAUGGCAAUGACAUUCUUCUACAUUCAUCCAAUGUUCACAUUGCUACUGAUGACCAUCAACAGAAUCGGAGUGGUCCUAAGCAUGCAAGCAGCACAAUACUUCACCUACCGCAAAAUUUGGAUCUACACCUUUAUGCACAUGAUAUUCCAUCUAAUCUGUCUAUUGAUUCCAUACUUCAGCGAAUGCCGAAUCACAUUCAAUCUUCGAAUUCCCGCCUAUCAAUCCGGAUGCGCUCCAAAACGCCAUCCAAUCACUCAAAUGUUCAACAAAUAUUCAAUAUUUUUGCCAUUCAUCGCGUUCGCCCUCAAUCUCAUGAUAAUCAUCAAUUUCAAACUGCAACGCUCGACGUUCUACAAAAAUUGCCUUCGACGAAUUCGAGGCGAAUCGAAAAUCGUUGCGGCCUCGUCGAUUCCGGACGACGUGAGACGAGCAAAAAAGAAGACCGAACGAAUGCUGAUGAUCCAGUCCUUCGUCACCGCCUUCUAUCUUUCAACGUUCGAAUUGAUCAACUUGGUCGCAAGAAUUCAUCCGGUAUGA